AACUCUGCAAAGUUAUAAUGCUUGGAUACUUACUUUGGCUAUGGCGGUGUUCAUGUUUAAUGAUCAAAAAGCUCUUAUUUUUAUGCAAGCGUGGGUCUAAGCUAAAUCUCUUUCCCUUUCCUUCUUCACUUACUUUCUUCGAAAAAGCCACUCUUUUGCUAUCUCUCUCUCUCUCUCUCUCUCUCUGUGCAGCUGAAGCACAGAGAAAAGGGUUUUGUUAUCUGACCCAAGGACCCAUUUCUGUAAAGCUUCUGGUGAGAAAUUGAGCAAAAAGUUUGAAGCUUUGUGCAGAUUCUGUAAAUGGGUGGAGUGUACCUUCUCUGCAUCUCUAGAGACCAAAGUGGUUCUGUUUGUGUGGAAAGUGUUAUAAGUCUGUAGUGGUUUUGAUCCUAGAAGGUGCUGUUCAUCAAGUUUUGAAGAGAUGGAUGUAAAUGAGAAAGAAGAGUUUUCAGGAGAGAAGAGGAAUACUAGUUAUGAUUCAGCUGAUAAUCAUCCAUCAGAUUGGCGAAUCUCUGGUUCUAAUCCGGUUUCUGCGCCCUUUGGUUCAUACUCUACUGAGAAUCUAAUCACAGCGUCUUGUUCUCCAUCUCAAAUGAUGGAUUCAUUUGGGCAAACUCUUUGGUAUGAUCCUACAAAUCUUCAAGCUGUGGGUUAUGGCGGUUUCAGUGGUGGUCACCCCUCAUCUUCUUCGUCUUCUUGCUUUAGGGGUAAUAUGGAUAGAUCUCUUGAAAUGGGUUGGAGUAUGCCUAAUCUGUUGCCUCCUAAAGGCAAUGGUCUUUUCUUGCCGAAUGCGAGUAGCUUCCUCCCUCCUAGCAUGGCUCAGCUCCCGGCUGAUUCAGGGUUCAUAGAGCGUGCAGCGAGGUUCUCGCUCUUUAGUGAUAUGGUGAACCAACCGCUUGCGAAACCGGAGUCUGUUGGUUUGUUUCUUGAAGGGCAGUGUCCAAGUACUGAAGUAAACGUUGGUGUAGCUCACAAUGAUGCAUCUACAGCAAUGAAAGGCCCUAAUGUUAGAUCUAGUGAACAAGCUAGUAAACCAAAUGUGUCGGAGGAUACUCAGUCUAGUGGUCAGAAAGGUGGGGAAACCUCUUCCAAAGGGUUUGACUCAAAGAAGAGGAAAAGAAAUAGACAGAAUUCUGAAGCAGAUCAAUCACAUAAAUCUGAGGAAGAAGCAGAGAACAAUGGUGAUAAGAAGCGGAAUGAUGAGCAAAGUCCAAACUCGCCUGGCAACAAAACUAACAGUGGGAAACAGCAGGGCAAACAAACGUCUGAUCCAAAACAUGGAUACAUUCAUGUCCGGGCACGUAGAGGCCAGGCAACAAAUAGCCACAGUCUUGCAGAAAGAGUGAGGAGAGAAAAAAUUAGUGAAAGGAUGAAGUUUCUUCAAGAUCUUGUACCUGGUUGCAACAAGGUGACUGGAAAGGCAGUUAUGCUUGACGAAAUUAUAAACUAUGUGCAGUCUCUACAACGCCAAGUUGAGUUUUUAUCGAUGAAGCUUGCAACUGUGAACCCACAAAUGGACUUUAACCUUGAAGCUCUUCUUGCAAAAGAUGUAAGAGAGCUUCAGCUACGAGGUGGUUCUUCAUCUGCAACACCGUUUCCACAAAACAUGCCGAUGGUUUAUCCUCCUCUACCACAUGGAUUCAUGCAACAGACCCUUUCAAGUAUUGGAAGGAACAUUAGCUCUCCGUUGUCUCCCAUCAAUGGUGGAUACAAACGACAGGAAACAAAUGGAUGGGAAGGUGAUUUGCAAAAUGUGAUACACAUUAACUAUGGAGCUGGUGAUGUCCCAUCUGACCCUGCAGCAGCUACAGCAUCUCUUCCAUCUUCAAAUAUGAAGGUUGAGCCAUGAGAUUUUCUUCUUUUAGAUAGAAUAUUUAAUUUUGUAAUCUUUUUUUUAGUUCACUGUGUUCUGUAUUAUAAAUGAUGUUACUAUUAACGAAUAGAAAUUACUACGUGUCUACUACUAA